GUGCUAACAAAUAUCACAUCGACAUGGUAGUAUAUUCAAGACUGCAGGACAGAAUGGAACGGAUUUUAUUGGCAUACCUUAUAGCUGUAACAGCAAUAAAAGGAUCACAACAGAUAUCCCUGCCCUCGGAUCCCACAUACAAUGCUGGUGUUGUGGAAUUUCCUCCUGCCAUGCAGGGAUCGCCCAAGGCAAAGGUCAAAGACAACAUGGAACGCAUGAAAUCCAUUAUCGAAUCGGAUGCAACACAAAAUCUGGACAUUUUAGUUUUCCCCGAAUAUGUUCUGAAUAACAUGGAUAUGUUGACAUAUGUUCCAGAUCCCAAUGAUAAAAUUGUACCCUGUGAAUUGGCCAAUUAUGAUUGGUUUCUAACCGAACUUUCGUGUGCCGCUCGCAGUCGUAAUCUUUAUGUCGUUCUAAAUUUAGUUGAAAAGGUUAAGUGUAAUUCAAUGCAGGCGAAUUGCAACAAUGGUGUGGAAAUCUACAACACCAAUGUAGUAUUGGAUCGUCAGGGUCGUGUCAUAUCGCGUUAUCGUAAAACACAUUUAUAUCGCUACGAAUGGCGUUCGACGAAUGUUUUGGCGGAACCGGAAUUGGCAACAUUUACCACCGAUUUCGGUGUAACCUUUGGACAUUUCAUAUGUUUCGAUAUGCUGUUCUAUAAUCCUGCCAAGGUUUUAAUUGAUCGUUUGAAUAUAACGGAUAUUAUAUAUCCAACAUAUUGGUUUUCGGAAUUGCCAUUUUUAACAGCCGUUCAACUCCAAGAAGGUUGGGCCUUUGCCAACAAUGUUAACCUUUUGGCUGCCGAUGCCAGUUAUCCCCAGGGACAAAAUACCGGUUCGGGUAUCUAUGCAGGUCGUCUGGGUCGCCUAACAGCUACAAUACACGAAGAACCAACAUUAAAACUGCUAACAGCCAAGGUACCCAAACGUAAUGCACGCAACAGCUAUCAAUUGCCGACGGUUGUUAAACCUUUAUUCACGCCUCAAUUGGAGACACCACGUUUUACGAAAAUGUCGUUGCUACGAGAUUAUAAUGUGGAUAUUUUUGCCACCAAAUUGUUAGAGGAAAACUUUACCAAUACCAAAGAAUCCGUGUGUCACAACAAUUUCUGUUGCCACUUUGAUGUGGAGCGCAAGUUCAUACAGGACUCCGCUCAACAUGAGGCCUAUCGUUAUAGAUUGGCUGCCUUUAGUGGUAAUGAAACAACUUUCCAACGCAUUGAUAACAGCAAUCAAAGUGUGUGUGCUUUGAUUACGUGCACGGGUUCGGAGUUGUAUACCUGUGGCCAUAUAUUCCCCGAAAAUGUUGUUGUGGGAAAUAAAUAUUAUUUUAAUAGAAUUAAUAUAACUGGUAACUUCGCAAAGGCAAGUAGACGUGCCAUCAUGCCCAGUACCGUGAAUGCUGUAAUGAUGCCAUUGAGUGUAGAUAAUUAUGAGUGGUUGGAAGUGGAGGGCAACAAUACAAUCCGUAUUGAAAUGGUAUUGACUUCGCCUCAACAGGAUCUCUUGACAUUUGGCAUAUGGGCUAACUAUUAUAAUUAUGUGCAGAAUACCCACAAUCUAGAUGAGCCUGUGAUGACAGCGAUGUCUGGCCAGGCUUACAAGCCACAUAAUACAACUUCCCCUACAAGUGGUGUGGCUUCAACUUUUCUAAGUGGAGUCAAUUUUGUCUUCCUUUUGCCCAUUAUUGUUGCACUACUCCUAAAAUAUUAAUAGAGUAAUUACUAUACGACAACGAUAAUACCUUUACCUCGUGUCCAUCCAUCAGAGCUCUGUGCUCUACAAGGUUUCAAAACAAGUGAUUGUGGAAUUCUUUUUUGUGUAGAUGUGUGAAUUUAGCCUGGUAAAACGUUUCGAAAUUCACGUGUUAAUAAAUUGUACAUAUUUAUCCUUGUACCUUGACACAAUGUAUGGCCAAAUAACCUGUGAAUGUG